CAGUCACACCAAUUUUCUGUGGAGCUCGAUCUUUUGCUUAGAAAAUGUACAGGAAGUGAAAAUUUCUGAACAUCAAACGUGAGCUUCGUUCCACGUGUGUAAAAGAAUAGGAUGACCACCAAAACAACGAAUCAAUAAAACAGUAAAGAUGGAUGUCGCUAUUCCACCACCUAAGCACAAAGAUUCAGAAACUCCUACGGGUUACGACAUUCCACGGGAUACUAUCAGCAAAGAGUUUAUCAAAAGUGCCAGGACAGCCAGACAAUCUGUAGAGUCUAAUGGUUCGUUCGGUGCCAUGAGUGACUACCUCAUCCCUUCAACCUCGUCAAAACUCGUACCCGACACGCCUCCUCGGAUAGUCGUCACGUCCCCAGAUGACGAACCCCUGCCUUCACCUUUUGGCUUGAAAAUGGACAAGGAAAUCCUGUCACGAAUGAAUCACAAUCGACAUGGGACCGACACGCCUCCUCCAACUGACCACAGCUUUCUAUUAGCCGUUGCUAUGGCAUGUGGAGUAGUUUUGAUUGUAAUCUUCUUAAUAUAUCUAUUUUUCAAAGUG